CCUCUGAAGAAAAAAAAUGUUCAAACGAGUAUUCAAUCUCCGUUUUAUUUCGAAUUUCUCUCGCCGCCCGACAUCUUCUCCAAAACUUCCGAAAUUAAUUGCAAUCACUGGUGGAACCUCGCUUGGAAUCGCAUUUUUUGGAAAAACUGAAGAGAACAAGAAUUUGGACUCAGGAAAUGGACAAUUAAUUGAUGGAAAACCGAAAAAUUUCGAUUUAAUUGUUCGAAAUUCGGAUGAACUUUAUGAUAAUUAUCUAAUCGAUAAUUGUUAUAAUAUUUUGAAAAAAUUUGAAAAUUCCAAUUGCUCCGAGCUUCUAUGGCGUCUGGCACGUGUGGUUUGUGAGAAAGGAAAACUCUCAAAAGAUCAAAAUCAACGAAAAGAGCUCAUUUUGGAAGCCUAUGGAAUUGUGAAAAAAGCUCUUGACAAUGAGCCAAAGAAUGGAUGCUUUGGAGCACAUAAAUGGUAUGCCAUUCUACUGGAUUACGUUGGAGAGAUCGAGGGAAACAAAUCGAGAAUCGAAAAAUCAUUCCAAGUGCGGAAACAUUUAGAGAAGGCGUUAUCGAUUUUCGAGAACGAUCCAACAACGUGGCAUAUUUUGGGAGUCUGGCACUUUUCCUUCGCCAAUAUGGGUUACGCGACUCGAAUGGUGGCCAAAGCUAUUUUCGCAACUCCACCAGCAUCCACAUAUCAGGAGGCUCUACACUAUUUCCUAAAGGCUGAACAGAUUUCGCCCGGAUUCUACAGUACGAAUACCUACUACAUUGGCGAAGUGUACGAACAACUAGGACAAAAAGCCGAAGCACUUGAUGCAUUCAAACAAUCAUUCAAAAUGCCAGUUGUGACUUCUGAUGACGCGGUUAUUCAUAAGAAAGCAUACGAGAAACUGAAGAAAUAUGGAGUCAAGGAUACUGAAGUUGUUUAGAUUGUGAAAAAUAUGUAUUUGUAAGAUGAUUGUUGUAAUUUUUAACAGAAUAAAAAUAUUUAUUUGAAUUUAAUAAUUGUCUAAU